UGCCAGGUGUUCCAUAUCUGCCAGGACCGCGCCCUCAGGCGCCAACAGGACUCCUUCCUGUGCCCCAACGGUACCAUCUUCAACCAGCAGUACCUGGUAUGUGACUGGUGGUUCAACGUGGACUGUUCUCAAGCUGAGAGCUUCUACUCCGUCAACGAGCUCAUCGGAGUCGUUCCCGACGCCGGAUACGCCUAUGGCGCUGCCGUUAAUGGCAACGGCAACGGCUUCAACGGCAGGAAUGGAAACGGAGCCAACGGCAACGGCAGAAAGAAUGGCAACGGUGCCAAUGGCAACGGAGUAAACGGUAAUGGAAGCAACGGUUAUGGCUCUAACGGUAACGGAAUCGCUGGCAACGGCAACGGUAGCGGUUCCAAUGGCAACGGUGUUAAUGGCAACGGAAGCAACGGCAACGGCGUGAGCAACGGUAAUGGAAACGGAUCCCCCGUUGCUCCUUCCACCUCCUACGGCGCUCCCUUCUGAUCUGUCCGGCAGACUUCCUAUCUCUUUGCUGAAUACAUUGUUCCCAAAUACAAAAAUAUUUAUGUACAAUUUUCAAUAAAUAUGUAAGUAAU